AUGUUGUCUCUUUUCAACAGUCUAAGCCGGCCGGGGGCUCUUAGCUGGUACACAGCGACCAACUACUCCAGGAACAUCGCCGACCUCACCAUAUGGCAACUCAGCCGCUCGCGUGACAUGUAUUCGCGUCUCCAUCUCAAAUACCGGCCGUCUGCACUGCAAUUAUCCGACAAAUAUCCUUCAAUCAUUGAUUGGUCUCCAUUCCCCAGCAUCAGGGACAGGCUAAUCUGCCUUCACUCCGCAAAUCCAGACUUGGAUCGAAUCAUGUGCGACAUUGCAACUGCCUACGUUGUCGAGGUCUAUCAAUCCCAAUUACUUUUGCAGGUUGCAGGCCGUGGAUAUAUACGAUUGUGGGAUCUCAUUUGUGCCAUGAAAAAGCCAGACGAGCAGGACUCGGAUAUCGGUCCUCAUGAAGGUGGUGCUAUGGGAGUUUCGACGGGAACGGGCAUUUCUAGCCAAAGUCCUGCGGAUCAACUGCCCGCUCCAAAUCUCAAGGCCUUGUUUACUCGCCGGCACGCCGAGGCGGCGUUCAAGGCACUGGGCUUAGAUGACGGAGUACCACGUUUUAAAUUAGACCCGGCCCUCUUCAUACAGUAUCCAGAGCUAUACGACCCUGACGCUGAUCUCAUCCCAUCUGGCACACCAAUCGCACCUCCAUCCCAGACAAGGAUUCCUCCUCCAACACCGCCCAACCCGGCAACAUCACAAAUCUAUCGCCACUGA